GACGCGUGACGGGGACGGACGGGCCGGGCCGGCGGCGCUUCCGGCGGGCGCGGAGCGGGGCCCGCCAUGGGAAUCCUGGAAAAGAUCUCGGAGAUCGAGAAGGAGAUCGCCCGCACGCAGAAGAACAAAGCCACUGAGUACCACCUGGGGCUGCUGAAGGCGAAGCUUGCCAAGUACAGAGCUCAGCUGCUGGAACCCUCCAAGUCCCCGGCGGCCAAGGGCGAGGGCUUCGAUGUGAUGAAAUCAGGAGAUGCCCGCGUGGCACUGAUCGGGUUUCCUUCCGUGGGCAAGUCCACGUUUUUGAGUUUAAUGACCUCAACCGCCAGCGAAGCCGCGUCGUACGAGUUCACCACACUGACCUGUAUCCCAGGAGUCAUAGAGUACAAAGGAGCCAAUAUUCAGCUGCUGGAUCUGCCUGGAAUCAUUGAAGGAGCAGCACAAGGGAAGGGCAGAGGUCGGCAGGUGAUCGCUGUUGCCAGGACUGCAGAUGUUGUUAUCAUGAUGCUGGAUGCCACCAAGGGGGAGGUGCAGAGGGCCCUGCUGGAGAAAGAACUGGAAUCUGUAGGAAUCCGGCUGAACAAAAGCAAACCAAAUAUCUACUUCAAGCCCAAGAAGGGUGGAGGCAUCUCCUUCAACUCCACUGUCACGUUGACUCAGUGCUCCGAGAAGCUGGUGCAGCUCAUCCUCCAUGAAUACAAAAUCUUCAAUGCUGAGGUCCUGUUCAGAGAGGAUUGUUCCCCUGAUGAGUUCAUUGAUGUGAUUGUAGGCAACAGGGUCUACAUGCCUUGCCUCUAUGUUUAUAACAAGAUUGACCAGAUAUCCAUGGAGGAAGUGGAUCGUCUUGCUCGGAGGCCCCACAGUGUUGUCAUCAGCUGUGGCAUGAAACUGAACCUGGAUUACUUGCUGGAAAAGCUCUGGGAGUACCUGGCACUUACCUGCAUCUAUACCAAGAAACGAGGACAGAGACCAGACUUUACAGAUGCCAUUAUUCUACGGAAAGGGGCCUCUGUGGAGCAUGUGUGCCAUCGGAUUCACAGAUCAUUAGCCAGCCAGUUCAAAUAUGCCUUGGUGUGGGGGACAAGCACAAAGUACAGCCCUCAAAGAGUGGGCUUAACCCAUAUGAUGGAGCAUGAGGAUGUCAUUCAGAUCGUGAAGAAGUAACUCUGCUGGUGCCUGGCCUUGUCUUUAAUCACUGCAAUUGGAACUGACAUAGAAACAAAACAAAACACACACACACACAAAAAGAAAAAAUAAAGAAAAAGGAAAAGGGAGACGUGUUCCACAGCCAAGAAAGCUUCUGUGAAGCUCCUUCUCUUGGAAGAAGGCAGAAAACGAGGCUACUGUGCUUGCAGGUGGGGAUGGGGAAGAUGGGUUUCCAUCUCGCAGUGUUUCAGGCCAAGUAAUGUUUCUUAAAAAUUAAAAGGGAGCCAGUUCUCCUAGGACACAGUUCCCACAUCCAGCAGCGUCCUUCCUCUUGUAGGGUUUGCACAGGGAUCCAAGUGCUCACCUCCCUAGGAAAGUGUUUGGGUUGGUGUCAACCAAUCUGGCCCUGUGCUUUGGGCUCAGAGAACGUUGCUGAUGCUUUGCUGCUCAUCCAUUCACUUAAUUUAAGCAUUGAUCUGAAACAGAAUCAAAGUUCUCCCUCCCCUGCUCCUUGGACACAUCUGCAGCCGAGACAGCCCCAAUUUAUAACGGUCCCACCUCAAUUAACAUUAACACCUGGCACUCUGUGCCUCUCUUAGCCCUGCAGUGGGGUUUAUAGGACAUCCUGGUCCAACUGGUACUGAGAGAUGAGAAAUUAAACUGUUAAUAAACGAUUAUCUUGACCAAACUGCAGCAGGGUACGAUCCAAGAGCCACAGUCUGCAGUGAGGAUUCACUUCUGGCAUAUCACUCGUCAAGGAGCUGCCCUGGGAGCUUCCUCCUCUGUUGGGCAGGAGUUGUCCUGCCUGUUAGUCCCCAAGCUGGAGUUCUUCUUAACCAUGCCCCUGAAUUCCAGUCACAGCUCUUUGGAGCUCAAGGUACCAUCCCAUGCCAUGGGUUUUCCGCCAGCCCUGUUAAACGUUGUUGCUUGUCUGGAUAUUGUUCAUCAGAAGUCUGGAACUUUUCUAAUCAUGCUUUUCCAUUGAAUACCGUUGCUAAAUAAUUCAGAGUGCCUGAUAGAGGACAGCUCUUCCUUUCUAGGAUCAAGAGCUGCCAAUAGCUUUUAUUUUCUUUUGUUGGAAAAGGGUUUGGUCUGAUGUGGAUGAGCAACUGUGAGGACAGGUGUGACACCUGUCUGAGCAGGGCUCCUCUCUCCUCCCUGCUCCUCCCCACCCCUCACAACCUGAUGGAGCAGAAAUGGAAGGAUUAUUUUAUUUGAGAAAAUAAAAAGUUGCUAUUUCAUGUGAA